AGAGCGGCCGCUGCAGUCGUGCUCACGAAGUCGACGCGGCUUUAAGCAGUCGGCGCCUCCAAGGCUCUUGACUUAACCUUCUUCUUUUGUGAUUAUCAUUCUUUUUUUUUUCACUGGAAACUGCUAUCUGUUAUCUCCCGAGAGUCUCGAGGUAAAAACGAAGGUGACAGCUGCUGCUCUCCUAUACAGUGGAAGUGUAAGAAGAAGCCAGCAGGUUGUCCAACUGCCAGAGGUGAACGUAGCGGCACCAGGAUGGCGGCGCACGAAGACGUCGGCAUCGGGGACUUUGUCCUCCUCAACGAGAUAACCCUCCCGAAGGUGGUUGAGAAUCUACGGAUCAGAUUCAAUGGAGGCAAAAUAUACUCCUACAUCGGUGAAGUAUGCGUCAGCGUCAAUCCGUACAGAAGUACAAACAUUUACAGUCCGGAGUAUGUGGAAAAGUACAAAGACAGAGAACUGUUCGAGAACCCGCCGCACAUAUUCGCGAUCGCGGACGCGGUCCACAAGGAGAUGAAGCAGCAGGGCCGGGACACGUGCAUCGUGAUUAGCGGCGAGUCGGGCUCCGGCAAGACCGAGGCCAGUAAAAUCAUCAUGAAGUACAUCGCCGCGGUCACGAACCUCGACGGCCAACAGGAGAUCGAAAGGGUGAAAAAUAUUCUGAUCCAGUCGAAUUCGAUUCUGGAAUCGUUUGGGAACGCCAAGACGAACAGGAACGACAAUUCAUCGCGGUUCGGCAAGUACAUGGACAUUAAUUUUGACUUCAAAGGCGACCCCAUCGGUGGACAUGUUACGAAUUAUCUCCUGGAAAAGUCUAGGGUCGUUUACCAACAGGAAGGCGAGAGGAAUUUCCACAGUUUUUAUCACUUGAUCCACGGUUGCAACGAAACUGACUUGAGGUCGAUGCGCUUGGUUCGGGAUCCCUCGCAAUACAACUACAUCAAAAAGGGUGUGGACAAAAAUUUAACGAAUUCCGACGAUAAGAGCAAUUACAAAGAUGUUGUCAGGGCCAUGUCGACGCUUGGAUUCACGCAAAUAGAAACGACGACCAUAUGGAACGUUGUUGCCAGUGUGCUGCAUUUGGGUAACGUCACAUUCUCCCUUGACGAAGACAAAGUCGUAAUCGCAAAUGACAAGGCGCUAAAAGACGCCGCUCACUUAUUAUCCGUGAGCCCGGCCGAGCUGAGCGCCGCUCUAACUCAAAGGACCAUCGCUGCCGGCGGCGAUGUCGUGCAACACACGCAUACUUUGGUAGAAGCGGAGUAUAGCAGAGAUGCCUUGGCCAAGGCUGCGUACGACAAACUGUUCACUUGGAUAGUACAACGCAUAAAUAGUACAAUUAACGUUACUAAUAAGUCUUACAAAAGGUACAGGACGCUAAUUGGCGUCCUAGAUAUUUAUGGUUUCGAAAUUUUCGAUAGUAACAGCUUCGAGCAGUUUUGCAUUAAUUAUUGCAACGAAAAGUUACAGCAGCUUUUUAUAGAAUUGGUGUUGAAACAAGAGCAAGAAGAGUACAAAAAUGAAGGUAUAGCCUGGGAGCACAUCGAGUACUUUAAUAAUCAAAUAAUUUGCAACCUUGUUGAGCAAAAUCACAAGGGAAUAUUGUCUAUUAUGGACGAGGCCUGUCUCAAUGUUGGCAAAGUGACGGACGAAAUGCUACUUGAGGCUAUGGAUAAAAAGUUGGUUGGUCACCAGCAUUACACGUCUCGUCAACUGAAGCCUACGCAUAAAGACCUGGCGCACAAAACUCAAUUCAAAAUAUUUCACUAUGCCGGUGACGUAGUUUACAAUAUAAAUGGUUUCUUAGAUAAGAACAAAGAUACACUGUUCCAAGAUUUUAAGCGUUUGUUGUUCAAAAGUGAUAAUUCCGUAAUUAAAGGUAUGUGGCCUGAAGGUGCUCAGGAUAUCACAAAGACAACGAAACGUCCUCUUACGGCUGGAAUACUCUUUCGUAACUCGAUGUUUGCGCUUAUAGAAAAAUUGACUAAUAAAGAACCGUUUUAUGUGCGGUGUAUCAAGCCUAAUGAAGUCAAGUCUCCAGUUGUUUUCGACGAAGAAAGAGUAACGCACCAAGUUCGUUACUUGGGGCUUGUGGAAAAUAUAUUGGUUAGACGAGCUGGUUUUGCAUACAGACAACGUUACGACAAAUUUUUGAAACGGUACAAAAUGAUUUCCGAGUACACCUGGCCCAAUUAUAGAGGAGGAAGCGAUCAAGAUGGCGUUAAAAUGAUGAUGGAUGAAAAAGGUUUCUCCAAUGAUGUACAGUAUGGACACACGAAAAUUUUCAUCCGCUCUCCAGGUACUCUCUUCGCUCUGGAGAAGGCUCGAAGUGAUAUGAUUCCGGGUAUUGUAGUACUGAUUCAAAAAAUGGCACGAGGAUUCAUGGCUCGUAGAUACUUUAGACGGCUGAAGGCCGCCUACAUCAUUGCACUUUAUUAUCGACAAUCAAAGCGACGGUCUUACAUUAACGCGCUCAGAGACACGUUCAAGGAUGCGCCAAACAUGCGCGACUACGGCAAACGUUUGACAUGGCCUAAAGAUAAUUAUGCGGUAAGAUCGAUUGUCCCUAUGUUAAGGAUGAUGUUUGUGAGAUGGUACAGUUGGAUGAUACUUAGAAAGAUACCCAAAGAAGACUGGCCACAGCUACGUUUGAAGAUGUCUGCAGCAUCAGUAUUACGCUCAAAACGUCCUUAUUAUGGACAAGACAGAAAGUGGGUUGGAAACUAUCUUUCACAAUUUUCAGAGAAUAAUCAUUACGAUGUUUUCAAUGCGUCAACAAACAACAUUAAAAAUACCGAUCACUUUAGAAAGAUACUGUUUAGUGCUUUUAUCAAGAAAACAAAUAAACACAACAAGCCGGCAGAUCGUGUUAUGAUCGUGACAGAACAAGCUCUGUACAAACUAGAGAGUUCAAAGUUUAAAAAUAUGAAAAAAGUCAUGAAUAUUUCGGAAAUCACUGGCCUUAGUGUUUCGCCAGGAAAGGAUCAACUCAUCAUAAUUCAUUCUAAUUAUGGAAACGACUUUAUUAUUUCAAUCGAGGCUACGGAAGAUAGAGUCGGCGAGCUUGUUGGCAUAUUAAAUAAUGCGUACUAUCAAUUACGAAAGAUGGACCUAGUAGUAACAGUUGACGUAAAGUUCAAGUGUAUGCUUGGAAAUAAGAGAAAAUUCUUGCAAAUUGAAGUAAUGCCUGACGUAUUGGAACCAACAUUCAAAAAAGUUGGUGAAAAUAUCGUUUAUGCUAUACCACCAUCAGUAGAUAUAAUACAAAAUAGUGCCAACAAUAGAAUGAAGAUUAAAACUGAGAGUUAAUUUUAAGCUUCUUCAAAUCAACAAUAUCUAAUUUUGUAUAUAAUAAUAUCAAAUUCAAUAUUUUUCUAUUAAGAGUUUUUAAAGCUAUAUAUUGAGGAAUAUCCUUCCUGUACUUGAUAUAUGAAAUCAGCUUCUAGGGCUGUAUAGGUUUUAAAAAUAAUUUUCAAUUUUAAUACACGAUGUUGUACCUUAGAAAUACUUGAGAACUCAAAAUUAGAAUUACGUUAUUGACAGAUAUAUCUUUGCUUAUGUGUAAAAAAAUAUUUUGUCGCAAUUUUUCAUAGAAAAAGAUUAAUUGUUAUAAUGAAUUGUUAAACAAAAUUUUAUGAAACACUUUGGUUAAGUAUUUAUAUUUUGUGUAAUUUUAAGAUACGUUACGCUUAUGAUCACUACUGGUGCAGUUAUGUGAGAGAAAGUUGGUUGAAGAAAUGAAAGUUCAACUUGAAAAUAUUGAUCAAUUUCGGUUUUAUCAACGUUACCAAGUUGAAUUGUGUACAUGUGUUUAAAAAAAAAAAAAAAAAAAAGAUUUAUACUUGCUGAUAAAGUACUUACUUAGAAAAUUAUUUUAAUAAGUAAUAAACACUUCAUUUCAAUUGAUUUUAAA